GGAGCCCGCGGGGCCGGCGGACGGCGAGGACGAGCUGGGGCCCCCGGCCAGGCUGGCGCCCAGCCCGCACAGCGAGGCCGUGGCACACGAACUGCGGGGGCUGUCGCUGCAGCCCGGGCCCUGCCUGCCGCCCCUCACCGAGCGCAGGAAUGUACUUCAGCUGAGGCUGCAGCAGAGACGGACACGAGAACAGCUGGUGGACCAGGGCAUCAUGCCACCUUUGAAAAGUCCAGCUGCAUUCCACGAGCAGAUAAAGAGCCUGGAGCGAGCCAGGACUGAAAAUUUCUUGAAGCACAAGAUCCGGAGCAGGCCGGACCGCUCGGAGCUGGUCAGAAUGCACAUCCUGGAAGAGACCUUUGCAGAGCCUUCACUACAGGCCACUCAGAUGAAACUGAAGAGAGCUCGGCUGGCAGAUGAUCUGAAUGAGAAGAUUGCUCAGAGACCUGGCCCUAUGGAACUUGUAGAAAAAAAUAUUCUUCCUGUAGACUCCAGUGUUAAAGAAGCCAUUAUAGCAGUUGGACAAGAGAAUUACCCUCAAGCUUUGGAUGAUUUCUCAUUUGAUGAAGACAGCAGUGAUGCUUUAUCACCAGAUCAACCAGCCAGCCAAGAAUCACAGGGUUCAGCAGCUUCCCCUGGUGAGCCAAAAACAAGUGACUCACCCUCACCUAUAACCCCAAAUGCUGCUACAUCAACACAGUAUCCACCUUUAACCUCUCCAGUUCCUGAAUUCCUCAAAACUCCCUCUACAAUCGAACAGCACGUGACUCGUUCCACUGCUGCAACCACCUUGAGCACAACCACUGUAUCAGCAGCAAAGCCUGGGCCAACGUUAGUGAAGCAAAGCCACCCAAAGAACCCAAAUGAUAAACAUCGGAGCAAGAAAUGUAAAGAACCUAAGCCAAGGGUGAAAAAAUUGAAGUAUCAUCAAUAUAUUCCACCUGAUCAGAAAGGUGAGAAAAAUGAGCCACAGAUGGACUCCAACUAUGCUCGUCUGCUACAACAGCAGCAACUGUUUUUGCAGCUGCAGAUCCUGAGCCAACAGCAACAACACUACAACUACCAGACAAUUCUACCUGCACCACUGAAGCCACUGAAUGACAAACAGAGCAACAAUGGGAAUUCACCACUGAAUACUUUGAACAACAGUACACCAACAUCAGCUGCCAGCUCACCAAGACAGAACAGUAAUGUUCCUAGCAGGAAACCAGGUCCUCUACCUUCAAGCUUGGAUGACUUGAAGGUAGCAGAGCUUAAAAUGGAAUUGAAACUGAGGGGAUUACCAGUGUCUGGAACAAAAACAGAUCUUAUUGAGCGUCUGAAAACGUAUCAAGAUCUUAACAACAAUGGGGUUGCUACAAGUACCUCUGUGACAGUGACCACUUCUAGUGGGCCCACAGGUAACACUGGGGAAGUGACUGUGGCAUUUCCUGUUGCAACACUAAAUAAACCAGUGGCUAAUACGAUAUCCACCUUCCCUCCAGAAAAAACACCUACUGGACCUGGCAGCAAAGCAGUAAAUACUGAAAACAUCAGCUCUCCCUUGCCUAUAUCUCCCUCUCCUUCUGAACAGUCGAGUUUAAGCACAGAUGAUACGAGUAUGGCAGACCCUUUCCCAGAAAUGACCAUGAUGUCACCAUCCCAGUUCCUAAGCACUUCACCUCUGAGAGCAAGUACAAACGAGGAUAAUCAGAAUCGCAGCAGUGGAAACAUCUCAACCAUGGAGUUUGAUGUAGCAGAAAAAGACCGCAAGCUUCAGGAAAAAGAAAAACAGAUUGAAGAGCUCAAAAGAAAACUGGAACAAGAGCAAAAACUUGUGGAAGUAUUGAAAAUGCAACUUGAGGUUGAAAAAAGGGGACAACAGCAACAGUCUCAGACUUUUGGUAACUCAGCUGCUUUGGAACAGAAGCAGUUCAGUGCUGCUGUCAAAGAGGAAACUGCUUCUGCUGACUGCUCAAGUACAAGUCAAUCUGUACCUGUAGCCAGCCAUUCCUUAGGACAGUCAGUGUACACUGCUGGCCAGAAUCCAGUUGCCAAAAAGGCAGUUGUUAUCAAGCAGGAGAUACCUGUGGCCAAAGCAGAACCUCAGAAUGCCAUUUCUCAGUUUUAUGUUAGUCCACAGAGGCAGCCACAAACUGCAGUUGUUGCCCAGCCUCAAGCUUUAUUAACUACCCAAGGAACUGCCCAGCUGCUGCUCCCAUUGUCCAUCCAGGGACCGAAUACUGCCACUGCAGUGCAGUUACCAGUUGGAAAUAUCAAGUUGCAGGCUCAAUCACAAGCUGGAAUACAGACCCCAUCACAAAUACCUGCUCCUAUUUCUUCCUCUGGCCUGGUGCAGACAGCACCUCAGAUGCAUACUCCACAAUCAAAACAAAAUACCAUCACGCAGCAUGCACUUGGUCAGACCCAACAAGUCAGAAAGGUUUUUCCACCUGCCACAUCAAAUGCUGUAUUUUCCUAUCAGACUGCACCAGUUUCAGCACCUUCACAAUCUUUUGUUAAUAAAACAUCAAAUUCUAACAUUCACCCUGGUGGUAAUCAGGUCCCCUCUGUGCAGAAUGGACCUGCUGCUCCUAACAAGCCUGGGUCCCCCUCUCAAGCCCAGCCUUACAUUGUUCAGCAACCCCUCUUCAACAACACAGUGUCCAAGACAAAAGAUCCUCCUCGUUAUGAAGAGGCCAUAAAACAGACCCGCAGUAUUCAGCCAUCACAGCGUGAGAUUUCCAGUGCACACAGUCAGCAGAUGGAUGAUCUUUUUGAUAUUCUCAUCAAAAGUGGAGAGAUUUCCCUUCCAAUAAAAGAAGAACCAUCUCCUAUAUCCAAAAUGAGACCAGUAACAGCCAACAUCACUACAAUGCCAGUGAACACAGUGAUAUCCCGUCCACCUCCGCAGAUCCAAAUGGCCCCUCCUCCUGUGUCCUUAGAACCAACAACCAGCUUGUCUAUAAGUCUGGAAAACCAACUCGAAGCCCUCUUGGAUGGAACUUUACCAUCAGGUAAUGAAAUUCCUCAACUGACAAGCAGUAAUGAGGAGAGAGAGUCAUUUUCUUUAAUUGAAGACCUCCAGAAUGAUCUGCUUAAUCACUCCAGCAUUUUAGAUCACUCUCAUUCACCCAUGGAAACGUCUGACCCACAGUUUACUACUAAUAAUUCUUGUCUGUCUCUUGACCUUCCCGAUACAAAUUUGGACAAUAUGGAAUGGCUGGAUAUUACAAUGCCCAGCUCCUCAUCUGGACUCACCCCUCUCAGUUCUGCUGCCCCAAGUGUGUUUUCCACUGACUUUCUAGAUCCACAGGAUCUACAGUUGCACUGGGAUUAAACUAUAGCCAAUGAGAACACGACCUGCAAGUCUCUUUACAGCAGAGGUCCAUUAUUAUACCAUUCUGAUUGCAGUUAACAUAACUUUUUUUUUAAGACAGUAAUGCUUGGAAGAACAAAUGCUUGAAGCUAAUUCCUUAUUGAUUUUCAAGUUUACAACAGUGAAUCACUUUAUGCACCUAUCAGUAAUGCAGAUCAGGGCCCUCUGAAAGCUGUAUUUCACAAGUCAAGAAAGGAUGAUUGUACUUUGUGAUUAAAAGUACCCCAAGGUAAACAUAUCACAAAUAUUUAAGCAAGAAGUUAUGUCUCUGACUUUGUAAUGCUCAAAUGAGCAACACAACAUGCUAAACUUAGAGUGAGAUGUCAGUUCUCUGUAUUGACCCAGUGAGCAAAUGGCUGGGGGCUGGGAGGUAUCACUGCACUUCAUUGUUCCUGUGGAAAGCCUGAGCCAGGUUCAAAACUAAUUGUGAGGGCAAAGGCAAGUAGAAGCACUGGCUGGUUCAGUGAAAUUUCAUAUAUCUAGUUUCUUAAUUUGUUCAAGUUGUUUUUAUAUUUUGCUUUUGUGAAUUUUAAAACACUUCCCCCAUUAUUUAAUCAUGAGGGAGGAAUUUAACUGCAUCCAAAGGGAGAUUAAGUGUAACUGCAAGAAAUCCACUGUAGCUAUGCCAGGUAAUAUUGAGAACACUGAAUUUUUAUAGCAAUGCUCUGGAUUUAAUAGCUAGGUUUUAAUGUGUAUAUGAGACAAUUAUUUGUAUACUCUUCUAACUUUAUAUAGCUUAUUUUUGUGAAAAGAGGGGAACACAGUGGUCUUCAAACAAGAGAUUACUAUAAUGGAAGUAAAUAUCCUAUUUUGCUUUGUGUUUGAGGAUAUUAGAUUAUUGAAUCCAGUAUCUCAGCAUAUUAGAAAAGUUUAAUUAAUAGUGUUGUACACUACAAUCCUGCAAGCAUCUAUGCAAGAAUAGUCCCAAUGCCCUCAGUAAAAGAUGUCUGUAGGAUGAGAUCAAGUUGCAGAGGACAGUGCUGACAGGACAAGCAUCAUUUCUUAAUGAAUACUUUGU